AUGUCUCCAUCGUCUGUUUUCUCCCCAUCCUCUCUUUCCUCUGCAAUUAUCGCUCCCUCCUCCUCUCUCGUCCGUUCAUCGCUACCCCGUUCAUCUCCCCUUCCGCGUCAGCUCAAUUCUCACCUCACUUCGUCUGCGAACCGCUCCCAUGCUGCGUCCUCCGUGUUUCACGGCGCGUAUGACGGCCUGCACCGUCAGAAGCUCCCCAGCAGCCGCUCCUCCUCCUCUCUUUCUCACUCCGCGGCCUUCCCUGAAGUUUCCGACCGUCAAAUCCAGGCUCCAUUUCUCUCCGCUGGCUCCGGCUGCGCCGCCGGCGACGCCGCUUCGUGCGGCCGGCGCGCGGUCGUGACAGCGGUAUUCGAGCGUUUCACGGAGCGGGCGAUUAAAGCCGUGAUGAUGGCUCAGGCGGAAGCUAAGGUGCUCGGGCGGAAAGAGGUCGCGACGGAGCAGCUCCUAUUGGGCCUCAUCGCGGAGGAUUUCGCGAGCGGCGGGAAACCCGGCGGAUAUCUCGGCUUGGGGAUGACUAUCCGCAGCGCGCGGGACGCCGUCGGCACGUUGAUUCGAGACGGCCGGCUGCCGGCGGCGGGGGGACUGCCGGCCGGCAAGCCGGCGUCGGAGGUGCCGUUUUCGAGCGGCAGCAAGCGGGUGUUUGAGAAGGCGCUGGAGGAAUCGCGGAAGCAUCGUCACAAUUUCAUUGCGCCGGAACAUCUGGCGGUGGCGCUGGUGCAGGUGGAGCAAGAGGGUGCGGCGCUUGUUAUGGCGAGUUUGGGAGUGCAGCAGCAUCGCCUGCACGAAGCAGCGUUGGCGCGGCUCAAGGGCGAGCUGGACCGCGAUGGCCGGUCUUCAGAGUCCAUCACCAACCCCUCCUCGCGACCUGCCACCAGCACUAGCAGCAGCAAGCCUGCCAGCUCGCCAGCCCGCAAGGGGCGAGGGAAGAAAGCGCAGCAGAGUGCGUUGGAGCAGUUCUGCACGGAUCUAACGGCCAUGGCGGUGCAAGGAGGGAUCUAUCCCGUGAUCGGCCGAGAGCAGGAGGUCGCGAGGGUGGUGCAGAUCCUCGCGCGGCGCACCAAGAACAACCCAUUGCUGCUGGGCGAGCCGGGGGUGGGCAAGACGGCCAUAGCGGAGGGGCUGGCGCUCAGGAUUGCUGAGAACGACGUGCCUCCGUUCCUGCAGGGCAAGCGUCUCUUGUCUCUGGACAUGGGGAGGGUCAUGGCAGGAGCAAAGGAAAGGGGGGAGUUGGAACUUAGGGUUACCACGUUGGUGGCCGAAGCAGUGGCAGCAGCGGGGGAGGUAGUGCUGGUGAUAGAUGAGGUGCAUACGAUGGUGGGAGCUGGCGCUGUGGGGAGGGGCAGGGAUGGCGGGGGAUCGGGGCUGGAUAUUUCGAACCUGCUCAAGCCUGCCCUGUCACGCGGCCAGAUUCAGUGCAUCGCCACAACCACCACCAGCGAGUUCCGCAAGCACCUCGAAAAGGACAAGGCCCUUGCGCGGCGCUUUCAACCGGUGACAGUGGACGAGCCGUCAGAGGAAGCCGCCCUAGCCAUACUACACGGCCUGCGCCACCUGUACGAGGCACACCACAAGUGCACCAUCUCUGACGAUGCCCUGGCAGCAGCAGUGACCCUCUCUGCACGCUACAUCCCCGACCGGUGUCUCCCUGAUAAGGCCAUUGAUUUGAUCGACGAGGCAGCCAGUAGGAGCAGGGUGGAGGGCAGUAAGGGGAGGAGGAGGCGGGCCAGUGGGGUGCUGGAGAGGGGGGCGGAGGAGUACUGGCGGGAGAUUCGCAUGGCGCAAGCUGCACACGAAGCGGCACAUGCUCGCCAGAACCCCUUUACAUCGCUCACCUCCUUCCUCUCUCAAGACACCUACCACGACACCACCACGGCUGCUGAUGCCGCUGUUGCUGCUGGUCGGUCCAAGAGUGGCAUCACUGGCAGUGACAAGGACGACAGUCCCACGGAGAUCACAGCAGAGCACAUAGCAGUGGUGGCCGCCCACUGGACCGGCAUUCCCCUGCAGCAGCUCUCGCUCUCCGACCAGCAGCACCUCGCAGGCCUAGAAGAGGCGCUAGAGACGCGCGUGGUGGGCCAGGGGGCGGCUGUAAGGGUGAUAGCACGCGCGGUGCAGAGAGCGAGGGUGGGGUUGAAGGGGGAAGGGAGGCCGGUGGCUGCUCUGCUGUUCUCGGGACCCACUGGGGUGGGCAAGACUGAGUUGUGCAAGGCACUGGCGGCGCAUUACUAUGGCUUGGAAGAUUCCAUGAUUCGUCUCGACAUGAGCGAGUACAUGGAGCGCCAUGCUGUCAGCAAGCUGAUUGGUGCGCCGCCCGGCUACGUGGGGUACGGCGAGGGCGGCAAGCUCACGGAGGCCGUGCGCAGGCGGCCGUUUUGUCUUAUUCUCCUGGACGAGAUCGAGAAGGCCCACCCGGACGUCUUUAAUCUCCUGCUGCAGAUAUUUGAAGACGGGCGGCUGACAGACUCACAGGGCCGCCACGUGUCCUUUAAGAGCGCCCUGAUAGUCCUGACCUCCAACGUGGGCUCACAGGCCAUUGCCAGAGGCGGCUCCCACCGCAUCGGCUUUCUCUCACCGGGAGAAUAUGCAGCUGCCGAUGGGGCUGGGAAUGGGAGAAGGGACGGGGGAGUGUUGGGACGGGCAGAUGCGGGGCGGUACGCGGCGAUGAGGGAGGUGGUGAUGGAUGAGUUGAAGGCGCACUUUCGGCCAGAGCUGAUGAACCGGAUUGAUGAGGUGGUGGUGUUCCGAGCGCUGGAGAGGGAACAGAUCCGAGUGAUUGCCAAUAUGAUGGUCAAGGAAUCGGCUGACCGUUUGGCACUGAAAGGAAUCAACCUGGAAGUUUCCGAGGCACUGAUGGAACGAAUCUGUGAGGAGGGGUAUGACAGGGCGUAUGGGGCCCGCCCGCUGCGACGUGCCGUCACGCGAUUGGUCGACGAUCCGAUCAGCGAGGCUGUGCUGGCAGCGGAGGGGAGCAGCAGCCGCCGCCACCGCCACGUCAGCAGCAGCGGCAGCCACAUCAGCAGUGACCUGUCAGAAUCCCUGCCGUCCGUUCCUUCUGUGCUGCUUCCUGCGAUCGCAGCUGACGCUGCAGCAGAUGACGUCAGCGCACCCCUAGCCGCCUCGCAAACCGUCAUGAUCCGAUCGUACGCCGUCGCCAUUGCGUCGCUACUAGCUGGAGCAUCUGUCGUCCACAACAUAUACAAUCCAGACCUGACUAUACCUGGCGCCGUCAGCGGCGCUGGAAGAGCGGAAAACGCGGAGACUCGGAAGGAAGAAGGGGGAGAAGAGGAGAGCGCUCGGGGAAAUCCCGAGGUGACCGCGAAUUCAGCCGCAGCAGUUAGGGAGGAUAAGAACAAACGUGGCAGUGGCAUCCCAAAUUAG